GGGCCGGAGCCUUUUAGCCCCCCCGCCUGGCUGCCUCUGGCUGCAGACUCCUGGGCAGAGCAGCGUCGGGGAAUCCUUGGAGCUGUCGCCCAUCCUCCUCUUGCAGACAUGGCAAACAAGGGGCCUUCCUUUGGGCUGAGCAGAGACGUUCAGGCCAAGAUUGAGAAGAAAUAUGACGACGAGCUGGAAGAGCGCCUGGUCGAGUGGGUGGUGGCCCAGUGUGGGCCCGACGUGGGGCGCCCUGAACGUGGGAGGCUGGGCUUCCAAGUCUGGCUGAAGAACGGCAUUAUCCUCGGGAAGUUGGUCAACAGCCUAUACCCCAGUGGCUCCAAGCCUGUGAAGAUCCCAGAUCCUCCCCCUACAAUGGUCUUCAAGCAGAUGGAGCAAAUUUCCCACUUCCUGAAGGCGGCAGAGGACUACGGGGUGGUGAAGACAGACAUGUUCCAGACAGUGGAUCUCUUUGAAGCCAAGGAUAUGGCGGCUGUUCAGCGGACCCUGAUGGCCUUGGGGAGCCUGGCCGUGACCAAGAACGACGGGAAUUACCGCGGCGACCCAUCAUGGUUCAUGAAGAAAGCCCAGGAGAACAGACGGGACUUCUCCGAGAGCCAGCUGAAACAGGGCAAGAACGUGAUUGGCCUGCAGAUGGGCUCCAACCAAGGCGCGUCGCAGGCAGGCAUGACAGGCUAUGGCCGACCCCGGCAGAUCAUCAGCUAAGCCAAGUCUGGCUGCCGCGCUGCCCUCCCCCACCCAGCCGGCCUUCCCGCUCUUGCUAACAGCCCAGCAAACUUCAGUGCCCCUGCUGCUGGGCUGCGGCAUUCUGCAGGGAACCUCCCUGCCGUGCCCCUAAGCGGGUCCCAGAAAGGGCCCUGUGCCCGAGGACUCCUGCUGCUGCUGCAUAGCAACAGCUGGCUGGCCAGGCAGCCAACUUGCUCCAGUGCCAUGGCCUCUGCAUGCUCCCUGCUUCACCCCACACACACACCCAGCCCGCUUUGGCCAUGCCACGCACCCCGGUGCUGCUGGAAGACCCCCCAAGCUGCAGAAUUGAACUUGGCUGAAGUUGCCCCAGCAAGGAGCCUCCUCUUGACAGACCCUGCCAGGAGCAUGGAACAGAGCCUGCUCCUUUGUACUGUUUUUUUUUGGUUCAUCAAAUUAAAAACUAUGAAUCUUUUAGGUUCCUUGG